AUGGUAGCUCCCCUUUCUCUGUGGCUUGCUGUGGAUCAAGAUGACAACUCAGGAAGCUCAACUUCACUGUCAAUUCAUUUGGCUCCUUUGAUUUUGUGGGUGCACUUCCAUACAGUAUACACGGUACUGAAAUUUAUCAGUAAAGUUAAGUCUGAUCUUCAUGGAGAGCAUAAACUUCACAGGGAUGGUGAUGAAAAAAACAGCAAAUUGGCUAAUACUUCGUCCAGCGAGAGCCUGAAGGUUCAGAUAGCCCCAUCGCAUGCAAGAAUCAUUCUUUGCUUUCCUUAUGAGCCCUCUUGGGAUUUAAGUCGCCCGUCCAUCUUGGAUAAGUUCCUUGUCCUCGACCACACGUUAUCUCAGAAAGCCCCUUCCCCACUUCAAAAUGAAAGAUCUAAUGAUGGUCAUCCGAGCACACCAUCUACUUCACUCCAUUUGGCUACUGGGAACUUUGACAUCUACUUCAUUAAACCUGUCGGUGUAUUGGAUGGUAGAAUCGGCUCUUUGAGCAGGCAAACUUUCUCUGCUUUGAAGAUUUUAUCGGUGACUAGAUCCGAAUAUCAUGACUCCAGCAUUAGAAUGUGCCGGAAAAGUCAUCCUGUAACUUGCCCUGAGAUGGUGAACAAAGUAUGGAGUUUGCCAAACCUACACGACCAGAAGAUUACUCAGAAAGAAAAUAACAAAUGGGUCGGCGUUGCCUCUUCUACAACUUCACAAGAUCUUGUAGAGUCAAGUUUUACUAUACGCCAGGAGCUCAUUCAGAGCACUGAAUUCUUGCUGCAUGUUCAACUUCCUUGUGUUUCAGUUCAUCUCAAUAAGAAGGAUUGUGGACAACUAAAUCAGCUGCUAGAUCUCAUAGUUGAUGGGCUGUCAGAUGUAGCAACAGGCAGUUCUGAAAAUGGCAAGGACAAAAACAGCGAAGUUGCCAUUCAAACAUCUGUCAUUUUUGAAUGCAGCAUGUUGGAUAUUUGCACUGAGUUGGAUGAAGCUGUGGAAGUUAGUCCUUCAUUGCAGACAGAACUAGAAGGCUCCUGGAAUCGCCUCAAGUUGUCCGUUUCAAAAUUGUCUCUGUGCUCAUUUUCUAAUGUUGGUGGGGUCAAUAAUUCCAGUUUUCUUUUGGUGAAUCAUGGUGAAGGUGAGCUUUGGGGUUCUGUUAGUGGUACAGAUGAUCAAACUUGUGAAGAAAGCAAAGAUUUUCAACUAGUUAUUUGCAAGGACUCCGCUAGUCAGCGGGGUGACGGUGAAGGGAACAAUGUAUUGUCUUUUGGAACUGCUGGCUGUUCUGUGACCCACAUCAGGAACCCAAAGCUACAAGAGAAUUAUACUUCUGUCAAUGUUCGUUCUGGGACACUUGUGGCACCUGGUGGACGAAUGGAUUGGAUCAGUGCAAUAUCUUUGCUGUUCAGUUCAGGUUCAAGUGGAUCUGAACAAUCCAGUAAUAGUAGUAGCACAAAUAGUUCAGAGGCUGGUGAACCUUUUUGGUCAUCUUUUUUCCUUGAGUUGGCUGAUGUUGCUCUGAGCUAUGAACCUCACCGGAAAAAUUCUACAUUUGGUGCUGAAGCUCCAGAUUGCAAGUCUUUUUCAUGCCUUUUAGCUACCUCUUCAUUUAAACUUCAUAGCAAAUCUGCAUCAGACUCCGCAGCUACUGAUUUUGACAUCCAACUACGAGAUCUCGGGCUUCUCAUCUGUGGAUCAUCUGGUUCAAAAAAUGUUACUUGCGGUUAUGAUGUGGAUUACCUCCGUCAAAUGGGCUAUGCUAAGAUUGGCCAUAAUACAUUCGUUGAAGCUGCUCUACGAAUUGAUACUUCCUUUUGGAAGCUUGAAAUAUCCGAGUCACAAUUUGAUAUUGGUACCUGCCGUGAUUCAACAUAUGGUCUUGUCCAUUUGGUUUCUCAAUUACAGAAGCUAUAUGCUCCAGAUAUGCGGGAUGCCUUAGUUCAUCUCCAAUCUAGGUGGAAUAUUGUCCAACAGGCAAACACGCAAAAUAUGGCCAGUGAUGCAUCAGAUAUGUCAGAGAACAGCACUGACAGCUUCGCAGAUUCAGCAGAGUCCAAGUCUGACGGUUUGCUUGAUGACAUAAUUGAUAAUGCUUUUUACAGUGACCAGGCCAACACAACCUACAAUUUCUGGGACAGAAAUUGUCAUAACUCAUUUAGUAACAGUGAAGUGAAUGUUGAGUAUGAGAUGAGUAUGAUUAACCCUGAGGCAACUGAUGCCUGUGUUUCACACAUUUCGCUUGGAUCAUCAUUAGUCACUCCAGCAGACAGUACUGCUCAAAUACCACAAAAGCAGAACUCCUGUCCUGACCACAUCAUUGACUCUUAUUAUAUGCCUGAUCUUCUGAAUUCAUCAUCAUCAUCUCGUAAAGUAAACCAUCAGUGCACAUCUGGUGAUGAUGCUUGUAAAGUCGUGGACUGCGAUGAUGGUGGAUGGUACAGCAAUACUCCCUUGACGAUAGUUGAAAACCAUGUCUCAAAAAGGAACAACCCGCAUGGAGAGCAUGUGUUCCAACAAGAAGGUGAUCAUGCUGUUCGCAACUUGAAUUCUGAUGAAUCUUGCAAUCUGAAAGGCCAGAUUCUUAUUCAUGAUAUAGAUGUUAAGUGGCGAAUGUAUGCUGGAGAUGACUGGUCAUUAGCUGAGAACGAUUUAACUAGCCGUAUGUGCUCAAAUGGAAGAGAUAGGAGCUCUUCUUUGGAGUUUAUCGUGUCAGGGCUCAGUAUGCAAUUUGAUAUGUAUCCAGAUGGGGAUGUUUCUGUUUCUAAGUUAGCCAUCUCUGCCCAGGACCUAAAUCUUUGUGACCAAAAUACGCAUGCUCCAUGGAAAAUGGUUCUUGGAUGCUAUGACUCAAAGGGCUACCCAAGAGAAUCUUGCUCCCCUGCAUUCAAGUUAGAACUGGAGUCUGUAAGGCCUGAACCAGAGGCUCCUUUGGAAGACUACAGGUUAUGCCUUGAGAUUUUGCCUCUUCAAUUACAUCUUGAUCAGGGGCAACUGAACUUCCACAUCAGUUUCUUCCAGAUUGAAUCUAGCAACAGCAACCCUCAUCUGUCUUACGAAAAUGAGAUUGUUGGUAUGGACAGCACAACAUAUGGAAGCGCUGCAAUUGUGGAUGAGGCAUUACUUCCUUUCUUUCAGAAAUUUGACGUGAAGCCUCUGGUUCUGCAUAUUAAUUAUAUUCCUCGCCAGUUUGAUCCUAUUGCACUUGGCAAAGGAAAUUAUGCAGAACUUCUCAACAUCCUUCCAUGGAAGGGAAUUGAUUUGAAGCUUAAGAAUGUUUCUGCAAUGGGUGUUUACGGGUGGAACAGUAUAUGUGAAACAGUAGCUGCGGAGUGGCUGGAGGACAUUUCCAAAAAUCAGGUCCAUAAAUUGUUAAAAGGGCUCCCACCUAUAAAAUCAUUAGUUGCUGUCGGUUCAGGCACUAAGAAAUUGGUUUCACUACCAUUCAAAAGCUACAAGAAGGACCGCAAGUUGCUCAAGGGAAUGCAAAGAGGUGCGGUUGCUUUCAUCAGAAGUGUGUCCAUCGAAGCUGUAGGGCUUGGCGUCCAUUUAGCAGGGGGAGCUCAUGAUUUGCUUUUGAAGACAGAACGUGCACUUACAGCUGUUCCACCUCCUUCAACCUCGCGCGAAGCAAGAAAACCCAAAGACAAUAUAAGAGCCAACCAGCCUGAAGGUGCACAUCAAGGGUUGAAGCAGGCCUAUGAAAGUUUAACUGAUGGGCUUGGAAGGACAGCUUCUGCUUUGAUUGGCAAUCCUAUCAAGGUUUAUAAUCGUGGGGGUGGCCCUGGUUCAGUGUUGGCUACUGCAAUAUGUGGAGCUCCAGCUGCUGCAGUAGCUCCAGUAUCAGCUUCUGCUCGUGCUGUACAUUAUGCACUUCUUGGGCUAAGAAACAGCCUGGAUCCUGCACACAAGAAAGAAUCUGCAUACAAAUAUUCCGGGCCUUCUCAAUCAUAGACUUCAUUCAUGAGGAGGCUGGUUAAGCUAUGGUCAUAUCGCCAUCGUCUCUAUGGAAGAGGAGCGGUUGAAGAGCACCUGUUUUGAUUCCAUAAAGUGGUGGUGGGCUAACUUGUACAGCGUGUACAGCUUUUAGCGUAGGUUAUAUGUGGCAUCAAUGCCCUUCUAUAGUAUGCAAGUUAAUACACACCAUGGGUUGUAGUCACCACACGU